AUGCUAUUUAGAAAGAGCAUGUCUGGUGUGAGGAAACUCUCAGGGCGUAAACCUGUGGUUAGCAAACUUUUCAACUGUUUCGCAAACAGUCCAUCGAGCGAGUCUUUUUCUUUGGAUGCUGUUCUGACAGAUGCGUGCAAAAGAAUUAAUAUUUCUAUUCCUUCUUCCUCGAAGGAAAUUGCCGGGUACAAGUGGUGGGAAAGGCUCUGUAGGGCUUGCGCGGACAAACCCUCAACCUCAUAUUAUGGAAGAGCAAUGCUGCGUCAGAGACUUGUCCGAGCAUUAUCGGAACGAUUGGCGGUAGAUGAGGUUUUUCGUUUAAAUGGACACGAAAUUGAAAAAGAAGACAUUAUUGAACCUCUAGUUGUGAUGGGUUUACCGCGGUGUAAUGGACACCAGGCAGCGCAUGUUUUGUCUCGUUCAGGGCUUUUUUUGGCUUUUAAGCAGAGCGAUACCUUUGCACCAUCGCUUCUUCUAGAUGUCGAGCGAUGUGAUGCAUUUUAUCGGCGGUUUAAAUGGUUUUCCUUUAUUUAUCCUGAUUUUUCAUGUGUAAGAACCGUUAAUCCCAAUCAAAUAGACGACGAUCUUACGUUGCAACUCAUGUGUCCCGAGUCAUAUGCAUGGGGAUUUUUACACGGACUAGAUGAAUAUCUUUUGGAGUGUUUACAAGAGGACCAAACGCCAGUGUAUCAACAUCUUAGGCGAAUGUGCCAGUUGUUUCAGUGGUAUAGACGCUGUGGCCACUUUUCGGAGUGUGUUUUGCGGGAUAUCAAUCCCAUUAAUAACCCAAUAGAGGAACAAAAGUAUGGUUCUAAAUCCCCCUUAUUAAAAGCACAAUGGCUUCUUUUUUGUCCUUUUGCUAUAUUAAGCAUUGAGUCACUUCAUGAAGCCUUCCCUGAUAUGAGAUUGAUUUGGGUACAUCGUGCUUUAUCACAGUGUAUUCCAUCAUUGUGUUCAUCACUGGCAAUUCAUAAUAGUCUCUACACGGGAAAGUCGCCGAGUGAUUCUCAAUUAGUAACAUUGGGAGACAAAGUAUUAGGUACUUUUGGGUCUGGAGCUGAAUAUGCCAUUGACUAUCUCGCUGAUUUUGAUAAGAAUCGUAUGGUGCACUGGUCUAAUCGGGAUGUGAAGCGGCACACAACACGGUUAGCGACGAAGACUUUGGACUAUUUUGGAAUUGAUGUAGAUAGAUACCGCCGUAUGCAGAUGAUCAACGGUCAAACAGAGUAUAUAGAAGUUUUUCGUCCUUUGCAUGAUGCAAAAAUGCCGUACUUUGGUUUGCAUGAUGGUGUUGUUAGUGAGGUCUUUGAAAGUUAUAUUUAUCAGUUUGAGGAGUUUGCAUAUGAAAAUAGGUUUGGUGUUACGAUUGAAGAUUAUCAACCUUUGGCAGCUCCUGCGGAUCAGCAAUCCCUUGGAACUUUGAGGGUAAAUGGCGGUGACCAACCUUCCUUUCCAUCCUUUGCGGACAGUCAGCCAAUAGAUGGCCACUUCUUACAAGAAAACAAGGGGUUCAAAUGA